AUGGAACAUAAGACAAAUAUAAAAAGAGUUUUAUUUGUAAUUUUUCUACAUUUAUCGGUACUAAAUUGUACUCAUUUGACGAAAACUUAUUUUAAAUAUGUGUCUAGAAAUAAUGGUGAUGAUAUACCAAAUAUCGGUUGGUUAUUUAGCAAUUCAAUUAACAGUUCCCUUAGGGUUAAGAGAGACACAAUCGAGUUACCCGAAGAUAGUUUAUUAAAAUUUAUGAAUAUUAAAUGUCAACAAAAUUUGAAACGCUUAUGUGGUGAUAUAACCAAAGAUAACGACGAAUUAAUGUUGUUAGAAUGCAUUCAAAAUUUUAAGCCAACUGAAGUAUCUGGUAUUGAUGAUGAAUGUCGACAAGCAAUCUGGAACUAUAUUUUAAACAUUACGGACAAUUCCAAUAUAGAGCGUUUAGCUAGAAGAACUUGUGGCAAAGAGUUAAAUUCAUUAGAUUGCUCUCCUUUUAGUAAUAAACAAGGAGCAUAUCUCUCAUGUUUAAUUGAUCAAAGGGAAAAAGUAAAAAAUGCACAUUGUAUUGCAUAUAUUCAUAGAUUAGAGUGGAUUGCAUUUAGUGAUUUUAGAAUUAUAACGCCAUUUUCUUCUGAUUGUGAAAAUGAUAUUAAGAAGUUCAAAUGUGACAAAGUACAACCAUACAGAGACAUAUCCCAAGGGCAAAUAUUGGCAUGUUUACAAGAACAUAUUAAUGAACUUCAGCUUCAGUGUAAAAGACAUAUACUUCAUGUGUCUGAAAUACAAGCAGAAAAUAUUAACUUAGAUCGACAAUUAUAUUUAGCUUGUGAAGAAGACCGUACCAGAUUAUGCCCAAAUAUUAGACCAGGCAGUGGACAAGUAUAUAAAUGUUUAAUGCAGCACAAAACAGAUAGAUCUAUGACAGCAGUAUGUCAAGAACAGCUUACAAGAAGAGGAAAAUUAAUUGCAUCAGAUUAUAGAGUUAGUAAAGGACUGGUUAAAGCUUGUAAGGAUGAUAUUAAAAUAAAUCAUUGUAGAAGAUCUGUAACUGAAGACAAAAAUAUAAGACUUGCACAAAUUCUUCUUUGUUUGGAGUCAGUAGCAAAAAAUGGUAGUAAAAUUGAUGGAGAUUGUCAAGCAGAAAUGUUUGAUCAUAGAAAACUUUUAAUGGAAGAUUAUAGAUUAUCCCCUGAAAUAGUUGAUGGGUGUGCUAAUGAUAUUACAACAUUUUGUAAUAGCUUGGAAGUUGGUGGUGCAACAAUUCAUUGCUUAAUGGAACAUACUAGAACAAGAAAAAAAAAAUCAAGAGUAUCCAGCAAAUGUCAGAGAGCGUUAGAAGAAUUAAUUAUGGAAGCUGAUGCUGGAGAAGAUUGGAGAAUUGAUCCUGUUUUACGAGAACAAUGUCAACCUGUUGUUAAUUUAGCUUGCAGAGAGGUACAUGGAGGUGAUGCUAGAGUAAUAUCUUGCUUAAUGGAACAGCUUGGUACAGGCAGAAUGACAGAAGCUUGUGAAACUGCUUUAGUUCAGAUACAAUAUUUUGUAGCUAGAGACUUCAAACUAGAUCCACAGUUAUACAGAGCAUGUAAAUUUGAUGCAACACGACUAUGUCAUGCAAGAAAUGCGUGGGCUAAUGAUGGAAAGCAAAUGGAUCCAGAACGUGGACCUCUUGUUUUACCAUGUUUAUAUAGACAUGUUUAUCAUCCUCAGAAAAAUAUGACAUUAAAAACAGAAUGCCUUGAAGAAAUUAGACGUGUUAUGAGACAAAGGGCAGUAAACGUUGAUUUACAACCUGAAAUUGAAGAAGUCUGUUUGAAUGAGUUAGCAUCAUUUUGUUAUGAGAAAACAGCAAAAGGAGAAGAAAUAUUGUGUCUGCAAGAUAAUUUAGAUCGUUUAAACAGGAAUUGUAAAUUAGCAGUUGGCAAUUUUACGGAAGAGCAAGCAGAACGUGUCGAAUUGAAUCCAAUAAUUUCUGCUGUAUGUCAACAUAUCAUGGAACGUCAUUGUGAGGAAGUGUUAAAAUACGGUAAAGAUGAAGGUGAUAUGAUGGAAUGUCUUAUAGAACAUAAAAAUGAUUUAGAUGUGCGAUCUGAUUAUAAAUGUAAAGCAGCAGUGGAACACUUUCAAUUGAUAUCAUUAAAAAAUUAUCACUUUACAUAUAAAUUUAAAGAAGCUUGUAGACCUUCUGUUAAAAGAUGGUGUCCAAAGUCGAAAACUAAGGCAGAAGUGAUAGAAUGUUUAAGUACAAGAGUGCAAGAAGAUAUAAUGAAAGAUACACAGCAUCAUAUACCAAAAGAAUGUAGACAACAAUUAAAAGCACAGCUUUACCAACAAAGGGAGAAUAUUCAGUUUGAUCCUAUCUUACAGGCACAAUGUACAAGUGACAUUAAACAAUAUUGUUAUAAUGUUGAACCAGGAAAUUCACAGACUCUUGAAUGUUUAGCAACACAUAAGUCAAAAUUAUCUGAUGCAUGUCAUAAACAAUUAUUUAAAGUCAGAAAACAAGAAUUUCAAGAUAGUUCAAGUGAUUUUGCUUUAUUAAAUAGUUGUCGAGUAAUGAUAAGGCAAUUCUGUCAUGAUAUCAGUCGUUCACAAGCAUUAGAUUGUUUAAAAAAAUAUAAAGAUGAACCAACAUUUGAUGAUAAAUGUAAAAAUAUCGUUAUUCGAAGAAUGAUUGAACAAAACACAGAUUACAGAUUUAAUACUGCAUUACAAACAGCAUGUUUUUAUGAUAUCAAUAAACAUUGUAAAGAGGUUUUAUUUAAUGAACCUACUGAUAAAGAACUUGAAGGAAAAGUUAUAAGAUGUUUAAAAAUUAAAUUCAGAGAGUCUAAACUUUCAAUAAAAUGUGAACAUCAAAUGACUAACAUACUUAGAGAAGCAGCAUUAAAUUAUCAUUUAAAUCCAUUAUUAGCUACAAUGUGUGCUCAUGAGAUUGAAACAAUAUGUAAAACAGAUGAAAAUGAUCCUGGUGCUGUACAAGAAUGUUUGAAAAUAAAAUUUAAUACUGGUAAUAGCGAUAUGAAAGAGGAAUGUCGCCUUGAAAUUGCCGACUUAAUACAAGAAACAAGAGCAGAUAUUAAUGUAGAUCCUUUACUACAAAAAGCAUGUGCUGUUGAUGUUAGUAAAUAUUGUAGUGAUGUUCCUCAAGGUGCAGGCAGGCAUAUCAUGUGUUUACAAAAUGUACUGGAAGACAGUAACAAGUCUUUACAACUUGAUUGCUAUAAAAUGUUGACUACAAGGAUUGAAAUGUUUAGAAAUGCAGCAGAGUUAACUGGACCAAAUUCAAUACAAGAAUUAUAUUCAACGGUAAAUCGAUCGCCUGCGAGACGACACUUUGUGAUUGUUGCAUUAUCGAUGAUUGGCAUCAUUUUCAUCACCGGUUUAUUCUGUGGAAGAGUGACGAGACGAACAAUGAUAAUGAAAAAUAAGUGAUAAGUUAUAGUGAAAGAAGUCCGUCCCAGAAGAUUUUCUAUUGUUAAAUGUAAUGAAAAAAAAGAACAAAAUUAAUUCCAUCGAAAAUAAAAAAAAAUCAAGAAAGUGAUUACACUGGUUGGUGACCUUUAUACAAAAUAUCAA